AAACGCCUUACGAUACUUCGGUGAGAAGGGCAAUCAUCAGUUUUUCACGUCGUUUCUCUUCAACGCGUCGAUGGGUGACAUCAGGGUUAACGAGGACGUGCGGUUUGUGCUCGAUCAGGUGUCCAUGGAACAAAAUUCAGAGGAAUAUUGUGCCGAACCGAAAAACAUACACGAGAUAGAAACAAUCGGAGCAAUGCGACACUGCCAUAAAAAUUCCGAAAACGAGAGUAACGAUGAAGACUAUACGCGUUCGCCGGUGUUGCUCGAUCUAGAUGAGAAUUCGAAGCAACAGCAACAAAAGACAACGAGUCAGAAAGUAAACUCGCCAAAUUCCGCGCUAGUGAAUCAACAGGAUCAGAGACUAGCACCAGAAGAGACGACGCAAUCGCAGGCUAUAAGAGAUAGAUGGCAAGAAACGAUGACAAGAAACUUUGAGACGCGCAGCCAGCAGAAUCCCGAAGGAGUAUUUGUGAUAAGAGUACCGGAACCGGAAAUCAUCGGCAGUCACCCGCAUCUCGAGAUGCUUCACGAAGCCAACAUUAAAUCGGUACAACGAGAAUCGUCACAGACUGAGAAAGGUGCGGCAAUGUCGAAUUGCGUGUUGCCUGACUACAAGAAGUCAGCUUGCGAUCGUGAACGGACGCGAAUGCGCGACAUGAACCGCGCAUUUGAGCUGCUACGGUCGAAGCUGCCGAUAUGCAAGCCGCCCGGCAAGAAGCUUUCCAAGAUCGAGUCAUUGCGUCAUGCCAUCACGUACAUCAGGCAUCUGCAAAGCUUACUGGAGCCGCAAUACAACUAUGUACCCGGCGUAUCCGAUCGAGCUAGCGGCUAUUACGCAACCCCGCCAGGCCCUCCGACGUCUUUUGAGGUCCAACAUGCAACCCGAUGGGAAUCCCUGGCUUACUAUCGAUACGAUUACCAUGCACCUUUUGCAACCCCAUCACCGCCGACCUUGGUACCACCUCUGCAACCGAGAUUGCCGGUUGAUCAGGAUGAUAGACAAUUUUCUUUUGAAGCGCGUCAUUAGCUCAUUAGUAUUAGUAUAAGAAUUAAUUUUAUAAAAAAUUGAUGAAUUGAUAAAGUUAACAGAGAAAGGAAGGAA